UCCACGUUGAAUCACCAUCAGCGUCACAUCACAACAAACAUUUGAAAUGGUCUAGUUCUAGAUCAACUAGACUAGUGCGUAAAACACAGUGAACACAGAGUGUUGCGUCUGGCAUGCCUCGCGUCUACCACCACCAGGGACAUGAAGAACACUUCUCCAGCGCAGUGGGCGCUAUCAACGCGCUCAACGUGGACGCGAUGCCCUUCGCGAGAUAUCCGCCUUUUGGAGGUGCCACCGAUGUGCUCCAGCUGCAGCGACUUGGGUUUGACCCACAGUUGCUAUCCACUGCGGCUGUUAUCCAACAACAAUUGCAGUAUUUGAGAUAUUCCGAACCACUAGACUUUUCCUAUCCCUUGGAUCUUUCUGUGAAACCUUCAACCACAACUGCUAUAAACACCUUAAACACUACAUUACUACGAGAAGAUGUAGAAUCACCUAUAACACCUCCAUGUACUCCAUCACCCAAUAAAAGACCUGUUUCUCCCAAAUCCCCACAAUCUCCACCUGAACAACCUGCGAAGAAACCAAAAACUGCACAUACCAAGAAACACAAAGCCACCAGAAAGUUAAUCUUUGAUGAAGACAACUCCAGCCCAGUUUCGGGGACGAUUAUUCGAGAACUGCGUCCUGAUGAAACAUUAGUGGUGAGAAAAGGAGAUAUUGAUCCGGCGUUUAACGUCGUUGAAGUCACUGACGAAGCCAAGGCGGAACUUGCCAAAAUCGAAAACCACAUUGGCGAUUACGUCUGUAGGCUAUGCAGAGAAUUAUACGAGGAUGCGUUUGGUCUGGCACAGCAUAGAUGCAGUCGUAUUGUCCACGUGGAGUACAGGUGCCCAGAAUGUGACAAAGUGUUCAAUUGCCCAGCUAAUUUAGCAUCUCAUCGAAGAUGGCAUAAACCUCGUCCUGGGGUUCCUAGUAAUAAGGAAACUAAAGUCUCGGAAGAAAUUCUUGAUGGUAAUGGUGAAAUUGCUGGUGGUUCUGCUGGAGGAGGUGGUGGUAACGAAAUAUUUCCAUGUAAUGAAUGUGGGAAGAAGUUUCGACGCGUUGCGUAUCUUCGUAAACAUCAGACGCUGCACCAGGUAGACUGACAACGGUUGCAUCAGAGGAUCCCGGCGGUGGUGCGGCCAGUUCCGCGGAUGGCGUCGACUUUUUGGCGCCCGCCGCCACUGCCCCCGGCCAUUGUUGAUGUCGGCGCGAUGAUGAAUACAGCAGGUAUGAAUAUGAAGAUGCGAUGCGUGUGGGAUACUGGUAUGGUUAUCUAAGAAUCAUUUAGUUUAGGAUUUUGUGAAAGAAAUGCGCUUUUUGUGUUUAUAACUAGUCAAAUAACUAAGUCAUGAGAUUAUAGUCCCAACGGAAAUAAUUGAACGUUUAACUUCUAGUCACGUAUUUAUUAUAGGCAACCCAAACAUCACAAAGGAUACAAAAUAGUCAAGUCAAAUCUAGUCUUAUUUUAUUUCUAGUCAUUUUCUUAAGUACAAAAUUGAAAUAAAAUCAAAUCUAAGACACAGAAAUGAGAAUCUAGUCAACUUAAAUUUAGUUUACGUUUAUUCUAGUCGUUUUAGUCUGAAUAAUUUUAAAUUCCUCAUAAAAUCUAGUCAGGAUUUAAUUUUUUGUAGAUUUUUGGAUAGAUAUCAGUAUUAGACGUCCAGAUAGUCCAUACUUGUAUUACAUUCCAGCAGGUUUCAAAGGUUUCAAAAAUUCAAAUCAUAAUUUUAGUCAUCUAGAAGUUUGUAUAACCGUCGUUAGUCAUAGUCAUUUCUAGUGCCAUUAAUUUGCGAUAAUACGCAAUAUUCAUAAGAGUCAUUUAAACCAAAAUGUGAUAUUAGUUUUAUUUGCUUUCGAUUUUAGAGAUUAAUCACGGAUAACUAAUCAAAACUAGUCGCUAAUUUGAGUUGUCACAAAUUCAAAUGGGCAUUAUUUUAGUUUUAUACUUUUAUCAUAGGCAACCCAAAAUACUUAUACUUUAUUUCUUGUACAUUUACUUGAUAAAUCGUCAAUUAUCAUACACACGUUCCUAAAAGAGUAUUAUUUAAUUAAUUCAAGUGUCGAAAUUGGUCAAAAAUUGUUUUUGCAACUUGCGGCUCGCACUUAAUUUGUAAUUUAGUUUAUUCUAGUCAAAAACUAGUCAGAAAAAGUAAAACGUCAAGAGUCAUUAGAUUUUAGUUAGUUUUAAGUUAAAUAAUUUAACAUUUCACUUCAUUUAAACGCAUUCAAUUGUCAAUUGUAGUUUAAUUUGAUUAGUGCGGGCGAUUGGGAAAAAGUUUGCAAUAAGCUUAAAGCAGCAACUUAUCUGCACUCAAAAUUUAAAUUAGUUUUUAGUUCGUACUUAAAAUGCCCGUUUAAAUUUCAUGAUGAAUGCCAAUUGGGAUUACAAAUGCCAGUAAUAACAUUUUAACAACAUAUAUCAAUAGUAUAAGAUAAUAAAUGUGAUAUUAUUUUAAUUAAUUGAAUAAAUCUAGUCUAAUCUAGUCUAUAAUUGUACGUCUAGUCACGACAUAAUGCUAGGAUAUUAAAAUGUAAGAUUUUAUUUAUAUAUUUAUGAUUUUUAUUUUUAUUUAAAUUUUUUGUGCCGUCAAAGACGGCCAGAAGGCGAGUGUAUAUCUAGUCAAAAAUGUGCACACGGUCACGUAAACCAUUCAGCCAUGCGAACGCCAAAAAGGAAACUUUUAAACAAAUUGUAUGUAAAUUAUAAAUUAUAAACAUGUCUAAUGUAUAAAGUGUAAAAUUAUGGAAAGGGUAUAAAGUUUACGGCGUAAAUGAUCUCAUUUCAACUUUAAGUAUAGUUUUAAAAACGUUGUACAAACAAAUUGUCAUUAUAAUGAACUUAGAUUAAUGAAUUGUAAACGUUAAGAGAUUACGUAAAUAAAAUAAAGUUAUUAAUAUAAUAUAAAAUAAUAUAUAAGUAAUGAUUGUCAUUAGUUAAGAUUAUAAUAAAAAUAUAAAUCUAUACAAAUUACAAAUCCAAUUAUAUAACAAGUAAAUCUUAGACAAUUGUUUGUUACUAAUACUUUGUGUACACAUUUAAAACUUUUGUUUGCGCCGUAUUUUCAUAAGUAAUGUUUGCUGAUUGUAUUUAUUCUGAUUUAUUGUGUUUUUGUGUCAUUAUUAGGAUUAUGUACUUAACUAGAAUUAUUUGUAUGGUUGCAAAAGAUAACGAAUAAAAUUUGUAUAAGUUCUGAA